AUGAAGCUUGUCGCCGUCUUCCUGGUGCUCUGCAUGGCCCUGCUGGGUGACGCUUUCUUCGUGGACUCGGUGGUGAAGCCUGUGGCUGAACCUGUGGCUGCCCUGGCUCCGUCUGCAGUGCAAGCGGCGGUGCCCAGCCUCCCUCUCAGCUCCUACACCCUCCUCAAGAUGAUCCUGGCCAGCGUGGGCAUCCCGGUAGAGCACCUCAUAGAGGGUUCUAGAAAGUGUGUCACUGAGCUGGGCCCCGAGGCUGUAGGAGCUGUGAAGACACUGCUGGGGGCCCUGACAUACUUCGGUUGA